AUGGAUUCUGGGAAAGACAAAUUUCAACGAGAUAACCAACAAAUUCGACUUCGUGAUGGGAUAUCCCAACAAGCUGGCUUCAAUGCUCUUAAAAUUCUGGACCAUCAUUUAUUUUUUGAUAACGUUAGUUCAUCCACAAAUAAUUUGAUAGAAUCCGCAAAUGAACAACGUCAAGAAUUAAUAAUUGGUGAAAUGAAGACAGAUAAUGCAAAUAAUUCGAUUGCAAUAAAUUUGUCUGACGAAGACAUGCGUUUAAUUCCUAGUAUUUUAGUUUCUACCGACAUAAUUGGUCCAACAAAUAAAGCUUCGAGCAUGUGA